AUGGCAAGUGUCAUUGCCGGAGGCCUAAGCAAGGCCCAAGAGGCCGUCCAGAAAGCCGCGUCCAAGGAUAAGAAGCUCGUAGACUUGGGAAGUGAGACCACUACCGUGGAUAAGAACCAGCGCUUGACUACCGACCAUGGUGUGAAGAUCAGCAACACCGAUCAAUGGCUUCGGUCUGUCGACGAGAACCGCACGGGUCCCUCGCUCUUGGAGGACCAGAUCGCACGAGAAAAGAUUCAUCGCUUUGACCAUGAACGGAUUCCCGAGCGAGUGGUGCACGCCCGUGGAACCGCUGCUUUUGGCAACUUCCGAUUGCAUGAGAGCGCCGAGGAUGUGUCUCACGCUGGGAUCCUGACGGACACCUCAAGGAACACUCCGGUAUUUCUGCGCUUCUCCACGGUCCAGGGUAGCAAAGGGAGUGCCGAUACGGUGCGCGAUGUCAGAGGAUUCGCCGUCAAGAUGUAUACAGAUGAAGGUAACUGGGAUAUUGUUGGAAAUAACAUCCCGGUGUUCUUCAUCCAAGACGCGGUCAAAUUCCCGGAUUUCGUUCAUGCGGUCAAACCGGAGCCACAUAAUGAGGUGCCCCAGGCGCAGACCGCCCAUAACAACUUUUGGGACUUCGUGUAUCUGCAUCCCGAGGCUACACACAUGUACAUGUGGGCCAUGUCGGACAGAGCCAUUCCGCGUUCAUACCGCAUGAUGCAGGGCUUUGGUGUCAACACGUACUCCCUUAUCAACAAGGAGGGCAAGCGACACUUCGUCAAAUUCCACUUUAUCCCUCAUCUGGGCGUGCACUCGCUUGUAUGGGAUGAGGCGCUGAAGUUAGCCGGACAGGAUCCGGACUUCCAUCGCAAGGACCUCAUGGAGGCCAUCGACAACAAGGCCUAUCCUAAGUGGGACUUUGCCAUCCAGGUCAUCCCCGAAGAGAAACAGGAUGAUUUCGAAUUCGAUAUCUUGGACGCUACCAAGAUCUGGCCUGAGGAACUCGUCCCGCUGCGCGUGAUCGGUGAACUGGAGCUGAACCGCAACGUGGAUGAAUUCUUCCCCCAGACCGAGCAAGUGGCCUUCUGCACCAGCCAUAUCGUCCCGGGAAUUGACUUCUCCGAUGACCCGCUGCUGCAGGGCCGCAACUUCUCGUACUUCGAUACCCAGAUCAGCCGACUUGGGAUUAACUGGGAGGAGAUCCCCAUCAAUCGGCCUGUAUGCCCGGUCAUGAACCACAACCGCGACGGUCAAAAGCGUCAUCGCAUCACCCAGGGCACCGUGAACUAUUGGCCCAACCGCUUCGAAGCUGGGCCGCCGGCGCCUCCUAAAGAAGGCGGGUUCGAAUCGUACCCCCAGCAGGUCGGUGGUUUCAAGAAGCGUGCCUUGAGUGCCAAGUUCCGUGAACAUCACAAUCAAGCGCAGCUUUUCUAUAACUCCAUGUCUGCACACGAGAAGGAGCACAUGAAGAAGGCAUUCUGCUUCGAGCUGGACCACUGUGACGACCCCAUCGUUUACAACCGGCUGGCUGGCCACCGACUUGCCGAAAUCGAUCUCAGCCUGGCUCAGCAGGUUGCAGAGACGGUGGGCGCUCCCAUUCCUGAGAAGGCAUAUCGCCAGAACCACGGCAAGCGCUCCAAGCACCUCUCCCAGACAGAAUUCCCCGGCAAGGUUCCGACUAUUGCCAGUCGCCGUAUCGCCAUAAUUAUCGGUGACGGAUAUGACCCCGUGGCAUUCAGCGGAAUGAAAGCGGCCGUGACUGCCGCCGGUGCUCUGCCUUUCAUCAUCGGCACGAAGCGAUCGCCCAUCUAUGCUGAUGGUGAGACCAAGGAUAAUGCAAAGGGUGUCAUUGCCGACCAUCAAUAUGAUGGCCAGCGCUCCACGAUGUUCGAUGCCACGUUCAUCCCUGGUGGGCCGCACGUUUCGGUUCUGAAAACCAACGGACAGAUCCGCUACUGGAUCACGGAGACCUUUGGUCAUCUCAAGGCGCUCGGUGGUACGGGCGAAGCAGCAGAUCUCAUCAAGCAGACGUUGGCCAAUGCGCUUGAUGUUAACAUCGCCACUUCGGUGGAACCAGUCAACUGGUAUGGAGUGGUUACGGCUGGGUCACCCCGGAAGCCAGAGAGCUUCGGCGAAGGCGUUCAGAUCGCGAAGAACGCGAAAGACUUUGUCAGUCAGUUCUUCUAUGAGAUUUCUCAGCAUCGAAACUACCAGCGCGAACUGGACGGCCUUAGUGCGACGGUGCCUUUCUAG